AUGCCAUCCCUUGUUUUAUCCGACAAGAAAGAGGAGAAGAAGAUGAAGAAGAAGGUUGCUCUGGAGACCCCAGAGUGGGAUUCGAAGAAGGGAAAGAAGGAAGCAAAGCUGAAACUCUCCGAUUCGGAGGAGGAAUCGGAGAAGAAGAAGAGCAAGAAGAAGGAGAAGGAGCGGAAGAAGCGCAAAGCGGAGGAGAUGGAUGUAUCGGAGGAGGAAAAGAGCGACACGAGCUCUGAAUUAGUGGAGCCGGUGAGUUCCAAGGUGGAGAAGAAGAGCAACAAAAAGGCGAAAGUUGAUGAAGAGGAGGAAGAGGAGGAGAACCCUAACGCCGUCACGAAGUUUCGUAUUUCGACGCCGGUGGUGAAUAAGCUAAAGGAGAAGGGAAUCGCGGCGCUGUUUCCGAUUCAGGCGAUGACGUUUGACAUGGUUCUCGACGGUUCUGAUUUGGUUGGACGCGCUCGCACUGGUCAGGGUAAAACACUCGCCUUUGUGUUACCUAUUUUGGAGUCAUUGACAAAUGGACCUUCGAAUGCCUCCAGGAAGACUGGAUAUGGCAGGCCUCCGAGUGUUUUGGUGCUUUUACCAACUAGAGAAUUGGCUAAGCAGGUUUUUGCUGAUUUUGAUGUGUACGGAGGGGCAGUGGGGCUGUCUUCCUGCUGUCUCUAUGGAGGCGAUAGCUACCAGCCUCAGGAGUAUAAGUUAAAGCGAGGGGUAGAUAUUGUCGUUGGAACCCCUGGUCGGAUAAAGGAUCACAUUGAAAGGGGUAACAUUGACCUGAGCUUUUUAAAGUUCCGUGUUCUUGAUGAGGCUGAUGAAAUGUUGAGAAUGGGUUUUGUUGAGGAUGUUGAACUCAUAUUGGGGAAGGUGCAGGAUGCCACUAAGGUUCAGACACUUCUUUUCAGUGCUACUUUACCAGAUUGGGUGAAGAAUAUUUCUUCUAGGUUUCUUAAACCGAACAAGAAAACUAUUGAUCUUGUAGGCAACGCGAAAAUGAAGGCCAGUACCAAUGUCAGGCAUAUUGUUCUUCCCUGUAAUAAACAAGCCAUGUCUCGUUUGAUACCUGAUGUCAUCCGUUGUUACAGCAGUGGAGGCCGUACCAUUAUUUUUACUGAGACUAAGGAUUCUGCCUCUGAGCUUUCUGGUUUGUUGCCUGGAGCACGAGCGUUGCAUGGUGACAUUCAACAAUCACAGCGUGAGGUUACUCUUGCUGGAUUUAGGAAGGGAAAUUUCUCAACGUUGGUGGCUACGAAUGUUGCAGCCCGUGGGCUAGAUAUCAAUGAUGUGCAACUCAUUAUCCAGUGUGAGCCUCCACGUGAUGUCGAGGCAUAUAUUCAUCGGUCUGGACGUACAGGAAGAGCUGGCAACACUGGAGUUGCUGUUAUGCUGUAUGACUCGAGGAAGUCCAACAUAUCAAAGAUUGAAAGAGAAGCUGGUGUGAAAUUUGAGCACAUUUCUGCUCCUCAGCCUGAUGAUAUCGCCAGAGCGGUCGGUAUGGAAGCUGCUGAGAAAAUUACACAAGUCUGUGACAGCGUCGUUCCUGCUUUUCUGCCGGCGGCCAAGGAAUUGUUGGAAACUUCUGGUCUAUCAGCUGAAGAACUUCUUGCCAAAGCCCUUGCAAAAGCUGCGGGUUUUACAGAGAUUAAAAAGAGAUCGCUCCUUACUUCCAUGGAGAACCAUGUAACUUUGCUUCUUGAAGCUGGGAAACCCAUCUACACCCCAUCAUUUGCGUUCGGGGUGCUGAGGAGAUUCAUGCCGGAAGAGAAGGUCGAUUCCAUUGAAGGGAUGACUCUUACGGCAGAUGGGAUGGGUGCUGUGUUCGAUGUUCCACAAUCAGAUUUAGACACAUUCCUUGAAGGGCAGCAAAAUGCAGCCAAUGUGAGCUUGCAGGUUGUGAAGGAGUUGCCACGUCUUCAGGAGAGAGAGCAAUCGAGAGGACGGUUUGGCCGUGGCGGAGGCUUCUCUGGCGGUGGCAACCGUUUCGGCGGUGGCAGAGGCGGUGGUUUCUCCGGUCAACGGACCAACAGAUUUGGCGGCCGUGGCGGCGGAGGUGGCAAAAGAUGGUGAAAACCCUUCGUUCCCUUCUUGGAAGAUUCCGAAACUCUUUACAUUUAUGAAACGUAUUUCAUUAGUUUUGAUUCAAGAACCUCGAAGAGGAUUUGGUCCUCCCUCAGUCUCAGUUUUGUUUGGUUAGAGAUAUUGAUGAAAAAAAUGUCUGAGAAUAUAUAUAUAUAUAUAUUGAUUCA